UCGGGGUUCGUCGUCCGGGCCUGGGACAUGGGGCUCCCCGCGGGCGAGUCUAGGGCUCGGAGCGGAAAAGGGGACGCCGGGGGUGAAGGGGGGGAAGCCCCGGGCGGUAACGGGGCCGGUCAGCAAGGAGCUGCCCCGGGGGAUCCCGAGACUCCCGGGAGGCUGGGGGUGUCGUGGGCCCCCGACCCCGCGGCCGGGGAGUGAGGCCUGGGGAGGGGCCGGGCUCACCGCAGCCCCCCGCCGCCAGGCUCGACGUGGACGGGCUGCUGGUCCACUUCCUCUACGACUACAUCUACCCGGAGCAGUUCUCCUACAUGCUGGAGCUCAAGCGCACGCUGGACGCCAAGGGUCACAGAGUCCUGGAGAUGCCCUCGGGCACAGGGAAGACGGUGUCCCUGCUGGCCCUGAUCAUGGCCUACCAGCGAGCCUACCCGCUGGAGGUGACUAAGCUCAUCUACUGCUCGAGAACCGUGCCUGAGAUUGAGAAGGUGAUAGAAGAGCUUCGCAAGUUGCUCAACUUCUACGAGAAGCAGGAGGGCGAGAAGCUGCCGUUUCUGGGGCUGGCUCUAAGCUCCCGGAAGAACCUGUGCAUUCACCCUGAGGACUCUGAGGAAGAUGAUCAGGGACCUGUGAGUUUCAGAAUGGAAGAAACCACAGAGCCACCUGCAGAUGGCGAACAUCUGCAGGAGCAUGAAGUGGGCCAAAUGCUGGCCACUGAGGAGCUUCCACUAGAAGUUGAUGAUUCCCCCAGCCUGGCAUGUGGAGACCAUCAGGGGAGAGGGGACCCCCUGGGUUCCUGUAAUGCCUCCUACCAGGUAAGAUCUUCCUGAAACAAGCUCAUGACCCUGAAAACCAGUCCCAUGGGGGGACACAGGAUUGGAAGGAACCCAGUAGCCCCCAGAAACCAUGCAUGUCUCCAAGAAAAACACAGCUCCCUUGCCAUGCUGUGGGCACAUUCUGUGGUCAUGAUGGACUCAUCACGGCACCUCAGCCCGAACCUAUGCUUGGAUAUUUCUCCUCACUGACUGUGACUAUCACCAUGAAAAUAGAAUGGCACCACCGCCUGUGACUGAGGACCUGUCACAGGAACAGGAAGACUCCAGCUCAGCUUCCAGCCGCCAGGAGUCCUUCCUUUUGGAGCAGCUACUAGAGGGCACCCCAGGUCAGCUCCUCCUCAAGCCCAGGUCCCCAGGUCACGUCAGCAGGGGAGAGGGGAACUGCACCCU